AUGCCAGGCGGAAGAUACCGAGUGUUCUGUGUGGGAACAGUGGACACGAAGCUCGAUGAGCUACGAUUCCUUGCCAAAUCAGUGCGAUCGAAUAUAGGAGCCUUCUCCAACAACAACUCAUCUGCUUCCAAGGUUGAGGUUGUGAUUGUGGAUGUUUCGGCCAGUCCUGAUCAUCAUCAUAAGGAGGAGGUUGCCGACUUUGCAUUUGUUAACAGAGAUCAACUUCUAUCAUCCUAUUCUCAUGGAUCAUCACCCGAGACUGUGAAACUCCCCGACGAUAGAGGCGAGGCAGUUGCUAUCAUGAGUCAAUGUCUUACUAAUUUUCUUAAGCUUUCUUUUGAGGAUAACUCUCUCGCUGGGGCUAUUGGCCUUGGCGGAAGUGGAGGGACAUCCCUCAUGUCUCCUGCUUUUAGGUCUCUCCCCAUCGGCGUUCCAAAGGUCAUUGUCUCCACUGUUGCCAGUGGUCAAACCGAGCCUUAUGUUGGCACCUCUGAUUUGGUUUUAAUCCCUUCUGUCGUUGAUGUCUGUGGUCUCAACAGUGUUAGUAAGGUUGUCUUUUCAAAUGCUGGCGCUUCUUUUGCGGGUAUGGUUCUCGGGAGGCUUAGCUCCCCCACUAGUGAGAAGGACGACAAAUGUACUGUGGGUAUCACUAUGUUUGGGGUGACAACUCCCUGUGUUAAUGCUGUUCAACAAAUCUUAACAAGGCAAGGUUAUGAGACACUUGUGUUUCAUGCCACUGGUGUCGGUGGCAGAGCAAUGGAAUCUUUGGUUAAGCAAGGCUUUAUUCAGGGAGUCAUGGAUGUUACAACGACCGAGGUUGCUGACCAUGUUGUCGGAGGAGUGAUGGCAUGCGAUAGUUCCCGUUUCGAUAUUAUCAUUCAAAAAGGAAUACCUUUGGUCUUAAGUGUAGGGGCCUUAGACAUGGUCAACUUUGGUAGCAAAGAUACUAUACCUUCUCAUUUCCAAACUAGAAACAUUCAUGUUCACAAUGAGCAGGUGUCUCUCAUCCGAACAACAGUAGAAGAGAACAAAAAGUUUGCAAGGUUUAUUGCAGAUAAACUGAACAAGUCAACAUCAAAAGUCCGUGUGUGCCUCCCAGAGAGAGGUGUCUCUGCACUGGAUACUCCAGGAAAGCCUUUCUGGGAUCCAGAAGCCAGUGGCACUCUCAUUAAUGAACUGCAAAGGCUUAUUCAAGCAAAUGAAGACAGACAGGUUAAUAAAUAUUCUCACCACAUCAAUGACCCUGAGUUUGCCGAGGCACUGGUUGCUUCGUUUCUUGAAAUCUGUCCUAAAACCUACGCACAGAUCAAACCCUCCUCUGAAACGGCUUCAACUGAUGAUGGACAUGAUGUGCCUAAGCCUGAAAGGAUUCCAUACAGUCCUAAAAAUUUCCCCAAUGCAAAACCAGAAACCCUGGAACGAACUCAGAGCAUAUUGGGAAGGCUGAGAGAUCAAAUAGAGAAGGGAAAACCAAUAAUAGGGGGAGGUGCUGGGACGGGAAUAUCUGCAAAGUUUGAGGAAGCUGGUGGGAUUGAUUUGAUAGUGAUAUACAACUCUGGACGUUUCCGGAUGGCUGGAAGAGGAUCUUUAGCAGGAUUACUUCCAUUUGCUGAUGCCAAUGCAGUCGUCCUUGAAAUGGCUAAUGAAGUUUUACCCGUUUGUGUUUCUUACUCAUUCCCAUCAAUGCCCCGGUCACUAACUAGCAUCUCUUUCCAUUUUCAUGGAUUUUAUUCUCUCUUGAUUCAAUUUUGCAGGUAG